AUGAAGCGGAGAACGGACUUUAAAAGCAUAUGUGUGGCAACCAUCAUCGGGGUUUGCAGCGGGUACUACAUAUUCAACCCGAUUGUGGAUAAAAUGAAAGAUAAUGUGAACAGUGUGAAUGAAAAAAGUGGAAAACCCAAACGUUUGUACAGACUCUACAUCUACAUCGUGAGCGGGAAGAAGAAACAGUUUGAUGCGACACCUUAAAUGUGGGCCCAUGAGCCAGGAAAAGAAAAAAUUCAAAUUAAUGCUUAUGAAACGUCCAUUCGGUUGGCGCGAGACGAGAUCAGGACAAAAGAAUUGAAGGACCACCCAUCGCACGAUGGAGAGUUCCCCCAAGUGUGUCCACAAAGUGAUGCUACCACCUUAGGAAGGGGAAACAAAAAGUUAAGGAAGUUCAAAAUAGCCGCACAUGGGAAAGGCGGGAGUCACCUCUAUAGGGAUGCACAAAAUGGGAACGUCGUCGAAGGGGGCAUCAGGACCGAUUACAUAGGUGGUAAUUUUUCUGAGGGGCAUCAUAACGGAGAGGAGAUCUGCCCUGAUAGGGGCGAGGCAAGUAAGGGGGACAACUCAUUUAUGUCUAACCAAGAGGGAGUCACCCAGCGGGAUGGAAGCAAAGAUGGGGGAGGAUCCACAAACUCGUUCGUCCAGCGUACCACCAAAGAGAGCGCAUCAAGCCAGUUUUUAAAAACCCUAUAUGGACUGAUCGGAGAGAAAAGGGACAUCUCCGAGGAGACAGCAAAUGACUUAAUUGAACAAAUGAACGAGAUUAUCAAGAUGGAAAAAAACUUAAAAAUGGUGUUUCUUCUCCUACACACCAUGAGUAAGCUCGUGUGCAUCCACGAAUUGGUCGGGAAGUUAUCCUCAGAGAUUGUCAAAGUAAAGGACAGCGAAUUGCUCUCCAUAAUUCUCCGCAUAAUGGUUAAUUGCCAUUAUAAGGAUGGAACAUUAUUACACAUCUUGGUGACUAAACUGAAGGAGCACAUCAAAUUAGGGACAUGUACAACGUUAGCGAUAAGUAACUCCUUUUAUAGCUUUGCCUAUUUGUACAGAAAAAACUUAAUCCACUUAGAAGACAUUCCUAUGGGGGAGAUCAUUCAAAUAGUUGAGCUUUUCGAAAUUAUCGAGGCGUCUCCCCAUUUUUCAUUCUCCAAGGAGAAAUCAGGAAAUGGGAAAGUGAAUCAGAAUCAAACAGAUAAAGCGUAUCAACAACAUGUUAAUAAAAAUUUAACCAAGUUGCUACAUAAAGUUGGGAACUACUUAGUAGGAGAAAACGUCGCCAAAACUGCCCCUUUUAAGCAGAUCAAAACGAUCCUGUACUCAUAUGCCAAGGUUAAGACAUACCAUGAGAAAUUGCUCCUUCAUUUAUAUCCCCCCAUAUUGAAAAGAAUAAAGGGGUACAAUGAGGAUCUACGCCGAGGGCACGAAUUGGGCAACUACAGUCGUGGGGAAGGAGUCUCCCCAGAAGCGUGUGCAGAAUCAGCGGAGGAACAGAAGGAAACCCCUCAACUGAUCAGUGAAGCAUCGCAAAACGUGACGGAUGUUCUCUACUCAUAUAGCAAAUUUAGCAUGUACAUAGACGAGCUGUAUAACGAAAUUUUACUCCUCCUGCAGCACGUGUACAAACAUAUGGGCUGUUCAGAAUUAUCGCAAUGCUUAAUAUCGUUAACAAAGGUACACUGUAAUGUGAGGAUCCUACUGUCCAAAGUACACAUGGAGAGAUUUAAUGUACAGGUGAAAUUUUACAGAAAUUUUUUUGCCAAUUGUACUCCAAUUGACUUAAUGAAUUAUCUCCUAAGUUACAGUAAAAAUUUAUAUUUCGAACGGGAAGUGUAUGACAUCAUUGGGGAUUUCUUCCUUCGUGAAAGGAAAAUCAACUCGCUGGAAGGAAAUGAUUUAAUUAAUAUCAUUCAUGCGUAUAGCAAAAUUUAUUACCUGAACGGCAAGGUGUUUUCUGCGGUGGAUAAUAUUUUGUGUGCAAGGCUUGACAACAACUCGAAUUAUUUGUCCCCUGAGGAGGCCAUAAAAUAUUUAAAUUCGUGUGCAAAAUUAUCAUAUAAGAACGAAAAGAUGAUUUCCAGAAUUGUCGAAAUAAUCCAUAGGAGCAAUUUUGUUAAUAUCGAAAUUUUUGAGCUGUUUAAAUUGCUCAAAAGUGUGAAAAGGCUACACGUACCAUUUGAUCGCUUGGAGACGCACAUCCGAAUGCUCGUUCCCAACGUCACCUUUGACUUUGGCACGUACAGUAAUCAUUACUACAGGGCCCCCAAGGAUCUCCACGUGCGCAGAAAGAAGUGGGUGUGGUAG